AGCGCUCCCGUCCAAAUCGACUUCCUUUGAUCUUUUAUUUUCGAUCUCGAUCUCGAUUUCGUCUCUUGAUCCGUUCUAGAGAGAGAGAGAGAGAGAGGAGAGAGAAACCCUAAUUCUUGGCGAUCUUGUUUCUUUGGUCCGCUCAAUUCAGAGGGAUUCUCUCUGGAUUUGCUCUGAUUCUUGAUCUUGUGUUGGAGAGCGAGAGAGAGAGAGAGAGAGAGAGAGAGAGAGAGAGAGAGAGAGAGAGAGAGAGAGAGAGAGAAACCCUAAUGUCGGUGGUAUCGGCUUUGGCGAAGUACAAGCUGGUGUUUUUGGGAGAUCAAUCGGUGGGGAAAACGAGCAUCAUCACUCGAUUCAUGUAUGACAAAUUCGACACCACUUAUCAGGCCACUAUUGGCAUUGAUUUUCUGUCGAAGACAAUGUACCUUGAAGAUCGCACAGUUCGCUUGCAGCUAUGGGAUACUGCUGGGCAGGAGAGAUUUAGGAGUCUUAUUCCAAGCUACAUUAGAGAUUCUUCUGUUGCAGUCAUUGUUUAUGAUGUUGCAAACCGACAAUCCUUUUUGAACACUUCAAAGUGGAUUGAGGAAGUACGCACAGAACGAGGUGGUGAUGUUAUUAUUGUCCUUGUUGGAAACAAAACAGAUCUUGUUGAAAAAAGGCAAGUCUCUAUAGAAGAAGGAGAAGCAAAGUCCCGUGAAGUCGGUGUCAUGUUCAUAGAGACUAGUGCUAAAGCUGGAUUCAACAUCAAGCCACUAUUCCGAAAGAUUGCUGCAGCCCUGCCAGGAAUGGAGAACCUCUCUUCCACAAGACAGGAAGAUAUGGUCGAUGUAAACCUGAAGCCCACAGUAAGCUCAUCCAACCCUGAGCAACAAUCAGGAGGCUGUGCCUGCUAGAAGAGAGCAAGAACUUUUUGUCUAUAAGGUGAGAGCUCUUACUAGUUGGUGAUAGUACAAUUUGAACUUCAACCAUAAAUGCGCAGUGCAAGAGAUAUUGUCAUUCCUCGUUGCUAUAAGAUGAUACAUCUACAUAAUUUAGGGAA